UAAAAAAUCAACUAGUCAUAAGUUCUACAAAUAUCUGAUGUUUUUCUUUAAAUAAGUUGAUGGUUCUAUUUUUAUUCAAUUCACAGACUUAAUUCGAGAGAUCCUCAGACGUAGGACGUACAAAGCUUGACCGACAGCAGAACAAGUUUGAUAGGGUACUUACAAUAAUGUUGUUGUUAACUCAUUAGGUAUAACAAAGAACCAUUCCAAAAUAAUAAAACUGUUCCAAAAACCUACACGUAAUGACGCGCAUCGUGACCUGAAGGUUUGCGUCUGUUGUAAAUCGUGUCCCGGGGCGAGGCGCAUUCGCCGUUCGCAUGAGUAGGCGCGCUCGCCGGCCAUCGCGUCCGUGAGAAUGUUCCGAGAUUUUUUAGUGGAGGGCGAUGCCGAUAGCGUAUCAGCAGGGCCAGUGCUGGGCGCGAGGCCGCGAACGGUGGGCGGCCGCGGGAGCCGCAACCCCCGGCGUGUCGGCGUCUCAGGCCCAUUGUUCCGCCGGCAUACAUUGUUUUGACUACACCUUUAUUAUCGAUGCCCAAUAAUCCGCUCAGCUGACUGUGGUAAUAACACCGAUAUUGAUUGCGUCCGCGCCGGCGAGUUACGAGCGAUUGUAAUAAUAUUUGUGAUUAAUCGGGACGCAUUUUGCUGCAGAGAUCUCGUUUAAAGAGUCGCCGCCGCCGCCGUACCGGGAGAGCGAUGACAGCGGAGUACGCCUUCAGGGAUACAAUGAGCAGGUUUCUGCACCCAUAUAUGAAGUCGUAGAUUUGCUGGCGAAUUGCAAAGUAACGGCGACUGAUGCGAAUCAGGAAUCCGAUGCUGAGUACGCUGAAAUAAGGGAAAUGGGGCUGUGGCACUCUACGCCACUGGCUCACCGCCACAAAUCUAAGAUAUCACUGACGUGGGUGUUAAAUGAGAAUUUGGAAAAUGCAAAACAACCACGUGUAGAAUUACCACAGAGUGACAACAAAACAAAAAAAACCUUGGACAGCAACGUCGAUCGACACCAGCGUCACAAUCAGAGGUUCAACGAGAACGAACGUUAUAGAAAGUGCAAGUAUUACAGUAGAGAAUCGAAAGAUAGGGUAGUCGGACGCAACGAACAUUAUCACAAUUUAAAGUUUAAAAAUUCGUGUGAUGGUUUUGUGAAAGGACACGAUGUUACGUAUUCCGAUGAUACUAGUGUGUGUACUGAGCAUACGAGGAAGAAACAUAGACAUCGACAUAGAAGAAAGAAAAAGAGCAACAACGGCAAGUUCGGAUAUGAUAUCAGAGAUUUGGAUAGUUUCUUGAGCGAGGCAUCGCUCGAUCGACCCGGCAACAUCCCUGUGGUGGUAGCGUACCCCACCACGCUGUACCAGACGCAGACGGGCGAGCAGCUUGAGCUGACGCUGCCACUGGGCACCGUCGUCAACGCGGUGUUCAAGAACCAGCAGUGGCUGUUCGUGCAAACCCCGCACGCGCAACAAGGCUACGUCAUGUACAACGCGUGUCUGCCGUUGGGGAUAUUGCCCAAUAAAACGUCAACUCAGAAGAAUACACCCUGCUGGGAGAGCAGCACUGAUAUAUAUCCUCGUCCAUGCGGCAACCUAACGGACACAGAGAAGGAACACCUUCGCGGUCGAACCCGAUCAGAGUGCCAAUACCGGCCUCGCAACAAGGGAAGACCGAAAAGUUCCUGCGCAGAAAAGGACUUUGACUCCCUCUAUUUAAAGACUAAGUCUGCUUGCUCCAACAUUGAUAGACUUCACAAAAAAGAAGACAGAGGUUCAGCAGUGAAAAGACAAAUAUUAAUGGUGGUGAACAGUGACUAUAAAGGAAGUGCAUUAAACAAAACUUUGACAGUGCAAAAAGGGGAUGUAGUUGUUUUGUUGCAACGGACCGGUGCAGAGACCGAUGUUGACAUGGACUGGUUUUAUGUGAAGAUGAAAGAUGGAAGUCAGGGGUACAUACCAGCUGCCAUAGCAGGACAUGGCUAUAUAUGAGUGUAGAAGCAUAUUAAUUUAAAUAUUAAUUUAUCUUUUCACAAAUGUUGUUUACUAAAAUAGACCAGUUCAUUUUGUUAUUUAUUGCAAUUAAUCCUGUAUGGAUGAAGGCUAUUGCUCUUCACACAUUUUUCUAUUAAUUGUUCCUUACAUUUUGAAGAGGGCAUUAACAUACUGCCAAGCAACAUAAUUGAUGUCUAUCAUAAACUUUAAAAAAACACAAAUUAAAAACUUUAGUGUUUAGCAGUACUUUCAUUUUUUGAGAACUCCUUUUAGAAUUCUAUUUUUAUAUGACAUUUAUUGACAUUGUGUGAAUAGUUAUAUGGUUUUGUGAUAUAAAUAAUAUGAAAUUUGUUUCAAACUGUUCUCUUUAUUUAAAACCACAGUAUUUCUCCUUCAUAAGAUGGUUAAAUAUGAUAACUUACCCUAUCGAAAAUGUAGAAUUUGAUCCCUAUAGUUAAAUGAAGUGCACAAAUCAAUUUCCGGGCUGGAGCCUGCAAUUGCUAAUACAUUGGGGUUUGACUUCAAAACUGCUGAAUACACUGUAGUCGCUGACACGGGCAGCUCAACUCUGAUCUCCCCUGAGUAACUUAGUUGAUACAAAUGUUUAGCUGCUCCGCUGGCUAUGACACAAUCAUCAUGGAAGUAAGAGACAUGUAUUCCAUGAUCCGGCAAAUCAAAUACUGUGGUAACAUCGAGAGAUCUUAAAUGCCAGAGAGCUAGACGAGGUCCUCCACCACAGAC